AAGAGGGAGCUGAUGGAGGCGGACCAGAGGCGGGUUCUAUCUUCUGAGCAUGCUCCGUGGGAGCCCUCGGAGCGCAGCCCUGACGUCAGCAUCAGCAUCACCACGGAAACGGGCCAGACCAGGCUGGAGCUGGAGGGGAUUGAGCUGGGCUGCCCCAGCCCUGAGGAGCCCCUCGCCGGCGGCCGAUUGGACGAGAGCAGGCGGGAGGGGGAGCCUGCCGGGGGCGGGGCUAGGGAGGCGGGGGAAGGGCGGAGGGUGGUGCCACCUGACGUGGUUCAGCGAGGCCACGCCCUCGUCUACCCUGACAUCACCAACUUCCUGUCUGUGGAGUCCAGGGGGCGAGGUCAUCACGGAGUCAACUCCCGCUACAGCGAGAGCAACUUCAGUGUGGAGGAGCAGGAGGGCUCGAGGUUGGAGAUGGAGUCAUGUGACCAGUACUCCAUGGCAGCAGAGAAGGACUCUGGCCGCUCUGACGUGUCUGACAUGGGCUCAGACAGCGUCUCAUUGGCUGACGACGACCAGGACACGCCGCCCGGGGGCCAGGCCCACCGCACGCUGCGCUCCGCAGCCCUGUCACUCAAGCUCCUCCACGACCAGGAGGCGGACCAGCACAGCGCCCGGCUCUUCGUCCAAUCGCUGGCCACCCUGAUGCCCCGCCUCCUGGCCUUAAGAGACCCCUCCCAACUGGACCUCCUCCUGCAGAACUCCUCCUCCUCCUUCUGCUCUGGACUACAAGCUGGCGGGGUCGGUUCUCCGGGCUUCGAGGGGGACGACGGUCUGACCUGUCGGUCGCUGAUGAACGCAGACGGUCUGUACCUGGUGUCGUACUACGCUCUGCUGCUCAACCUGAAGCUCUGCUGCAGUGAUCACUACCUCCACCCCUCCACCCUGCCGGCCGCCCUGGGCCAGAAGGAGUUUGUGCAUGCGGUCCAGGCCAGUGGGGUGCUGGUGCUGCUGUCCCCAGUCUGGAUUGAGGAGCUUUACCAGCAGGUUCUGCUGAGGAACCUCCUGGGAGACGCCGGCUACCAGAACCAGCACACCGCCACGCUAGUUAGCAUACUAACAGACAUUGACGGGUUGGGGAGCAGCGCUAUUGGAGCUCAGAUGAGGAACUCCGGCCAAUCAGCAUCCAGCUGUAACCAGCGGACCAGCAGUGAGGCUGUCCUGGCAGGGCGUGUGUUCUCCCGCUCCGUCCUGGCCGCGGUGUGGGGGUCCCUGAUGGACGUCCUGUCGGCGUGUCUGACAGGGGCCGGGGGUCGUGGGGUGGUCGGGGGUCGUGGGGGGGUCGGGGGUCAGAGCCAGAGAGAGAGAGACACCAUCUGCCUGAGCCUGGACGGCCUGCGCCAAGCCGCCGCCCUCAGCUGUUCCCUCGGUUUGGCCGCUCAUUGUGAGUCCGCUCUUGCCCAGAUGGCCGCAGCGUCCUGCGUUCAGGAAGACCGAGAGACAGCGGACCCCAACACACCCGUGAGACAGCAGGGCCUCCAUGUGUCUCAUGUCCUCUGUAUGGACGCCGUGCUCAGCGUGGGGCUGGAGAUGAGCAGCCACAACCCAGACUGCUGGACACACCUGCUCAGGGUGAGUGAGUACAUCAGCUCACUGGAACACGUCCACUUCAGUGACGUCUCGUCUCUGCCGUGUCUGACCCCCGUCACCCAGCAGGCCUCCCCCGUCUGCCUGGGGCUGGAUUUGAGCUGUGAGCCCAGGGCAGAGUCAUCUGAGCUGGGCCUGAGCCAGCCGGUCAUCCAGCCCGUGUCCAUCCAGGAGCUGCUGCAGGAGCAGGCCCGGGGGGGCGGGGCCCGGGGGAGCAGGGCCCGGCGGUUGGAGCUAACAGAAGGUAGCAUGCUAACUGGACCUAGCGCAGCCCAAGCCGUCCUCACACUCUCCACCCAGGCGGACAGGCUGUUCGAGGACUGCUCCGCCUCCCUGAAGCUGGAGGCUCUGGUCAGCUUCCUCUGUCAGCUCCGGAGAGCGUCCCAGAGGCAGAUCUUCACCUCCGUCAGCAGCACCACCCACUACACCCUGGCCAUGCCUGGUGAGUCCAGGUGUGGGCUGGACAGAUGUGUUUCCCUCCACCUGGUCCGACUGGGCGAGGCCGCGCUGCGAUUGGCUCGGGACCGGACACGCCCCCUCCUCCAUCUCAUGAGGACCUGGAGCGUGGUGGCGCCCCACCUGGUGGAGGCAGCCUGUCACAGGGAGCGCCAUAUCUCCCAGAAGGCCAUCUGUUUCCUCCACGACCUGCUGAUGGAGGUUCUGAGCAGCUGGGCGGAGCCUCCACACUUCCACUUCAACGAGGCGCUGUUCACCGCCUUCCAGCACGUCCUGCAGCUGGGGCGCUGUGACGAGGACGCCCAGGACCAGGUGGUGUCGUCUCUGGGCCAGCUGGUGGAGGCCUGCUCCCCUCAGAUCCUCUCAGGGUGGAGACCUCUGUUCAGCGCCCUGCGCACCCUACACACACACCAGGCAGAGCGCACACUGGGGGGGCCCCGGGCCCCUGUGCUGGACGUGUUCGAGGCGUUUGUCUCCACGGAGAGCAGCCAGGUGUUCGCCAGCGCCGCCUCAGACUACAUCAUGUGUCUCAUCAGGCUCAUCAAAGGACUGGGAGAGGAGAUAGGAGACUGUGUUCUGAGCCCCCCCUCCAGCUCCACAGACCUCUGCCUCCCGGCCCUCGACUACCUGCACAGGUGCUCCCAGCUCCUGGCUAAGAUCUACCAGAUGGCCACCAAGCCGGUGUUCCUAGGGGCGCGGCCGACUGGCCUGCAGGACCGCCCCCUCAGCAGCGAGGACCGCCCCCCCAGCAGCCAGGACCGCCCCCCCAGCAGCCAGGACCGCCCCCUCCACAGCCAGGACCGCCCCCCCAGCAGGGAGGACCGCCCCCCCAGCAGGGAGGACCGCCCCCCCAGCAGGGACGACGGGCUGGACUCUGUGCUGCAGGAGGUGGACGACGGAACAGGUUUGAUCCAGGUGUGGAUCCUGUUAUUGGAACAGCUGACUGCAGCCGUGUCCAACUGUCCUCGACAGCACCAGGCUCCCACUCUGCAACUCCUCUUCACCCUCCUGAGGGAACUCACCUGUGUACCAGGUCCGGGCUUCGCGGUCUUGGCCGUGGUCCAGCUGCUGCUUCCUGUGAUGACGCUGUGGCUGCAGCGUAGCCAUGGCGACCACACCUACUGGGACGCGGCCGGUGGCAACUUCAAACACGCCAUCGGCCUAUCAUGCGAGCUGGUGGUGGAUCACCUGACCAGCCUCAGCCAAUCAGGCCAUGAGUCUCUGAUGAACGUCAUGCUGAAGGACCUGCUGACCCUGCUGGUCUCCUGCGUCUCCGAGCCUGCAGAGACCAUCUCACGGGUGGGCUGCUCCUGCAUCAGGUACGUGGUGGUGAGUGGCGCUCCGAUCUUCACCGAGGAGAUGUGGAGGCUGGCAUGUUGCGCCCUGCAAGACGCCUUCUCAGUCACACUUGAGCCUGUCAAGAAGCUGCUGCUGUGCUUCAGGACGGACGGCGCCUCCGGAGACGCCUGCGAUGUGAAGGUCGCCGCGCCGACGCACUCCGCCUCCGCCGAGGCCGAGUACUGGAGGAUCAGAGCCAUGGCCCAGCAGGUGUUUCUGCUGGACUCUCAGUGCUCUCCUAAAACGCCCAAUCACAAGGAGGGCUUUGAGCACGCUCAGUCCUGCGUCCUCAUCAUCGAGCUCCCUGCUGACGGACUCACUCAGAGAAGGGUUCCAUUCAGAGACAUCGUGGUGAGCCUGCUGUCCCACCAGGUCCUCCUCCAGAACCUCCACGACAUCCUCCUGGAGGAGGGGGCUCCCCCCAGGGCCCCUCCUGGGACCCUCGGCUCCCGGCGGCCCGUGGGCUUCCUCCACCACCUCUCCAUGAGCAACCUGGCCACCAUCCUCGACCUGCUGAGGGAGUCCUACAAGACUGCGCGUGACUUUGACGCGCGGCCGGGUCUGAAGUACCUCCUCAUGAGGGUGUCUGGGGUCUGCGGCGCGGCCAACCUCUACCGCCAGUCGGCCAUGAGCUUCAACCUCUACUUCCAGACGCUGCUGUGCGCCCUGCUCAGCCAGGCCGACGGCAUGACCGCGCAACAGGUGAAGAAGAUGGUGUUUGAGGAAGAGGAGGUCACCUCUGAUUCCUCUCAGCCAGGAUCUGAUUCCUCUGAGGAUGAAGACAUCUUUGAAGAGACGGCACAGGUGAGCCCCCCGCGGGGGCGUGUCCGGCGGCCGGCCUGGUCCCCCCCCCGGCCCGCUCCCUCCCCCAGUGGGGGGGCGGGGGGGCCGGAGUGGGCGUGGCUUGUGUGCAGGCUGCAGCGGCUGUGUGUGGAGCUCAGCAGCAGCUACACACACAUCCACCAGGAGCAGGAGGGGGGAGGAGGCGUGGAGACCCGGGGAGGAGUCAUGCUCCUCCCUCUCUUCCCCUCGGAGACCUCCACCCCCACCUCCUGCAGGAGCACGCCCCUAGAGGAGGAGGGGCUUAGGGGACAGGGGGCGGAGCUAACUAGCAGCUCCCCAGGAGAGACCACACCCACUCCCAGCCCAGGAGUCAGCUCGGCGGUUCUCCCCCUGGCUGGGGGGUCGGAGGCCAGGCUCCCUGGGGGGUCGGAGGCCAGGCUCCCUGGGGGGUCGGAGGCCAGGCUCCCUGGGGGGGAAGCGGAGGGGAGGAGGGAGUGGUGGGAGAGUCUGGGGGGUGAACGCAGUCUGAGCCGUCUGCUGCAGGGCUACAAGCUGAGGAGGCAGAGCCAGAGCCAGCAGGGCCGGCUCAACCUCUUCAUGGCGGCCCCGGAGCGGCGGGCCCCCCCAGACCCCGCCCCCCUCAGACACUCUGUGAGCGUGGGUUCCGAGGGCCUGAGGCCGGAGAGGUCCCGGUCGGGGUCCACGGCCAGCGGCUCCAGCAGCACCCUGAGGGACCAGCAGGCCCAGACCCAGGCGUGGACCAACAUGGUGCUGGCGGUCCUCAGCCAGGUCCUCCUGCUGGGGGACUCCUCCUUCGUGGCACUGCAGCCCCUCUUCUACCCCGUCUUCAGCCGGCUGACCGGCCGCGCCCAGGACCCCCACCUCCGCGCCGCGCUGCAGGCCUGGCUGCUGCGCCUGGGGACGCUCUACGACAUCACCCCCUGAUGACAUCACCACCCCGCCUGAUGACAUCACCAACCCCGCCUGAUGACAUCACCCCCCCCGAUGACAUCAUCAUCACAAUCCCUGAUGACAUCAUCCCCCCCCGAUGAGAUCCUCACCGCUGAUGACAUCAUCCCCCCCCGAUGAGAUCCUCACCGCUGAUGACAUCAUCUCCCCCAUUGACAUCAUCACUGUCAUCACUGUCUGGCAGCUUUCUACCUGUCUGUGUACCCGUCUGACCCCUCUGUGUCUGUGGGUCUGCCUGUCUGUCUGCUCGGCCUCCUGAAUAUGUCCUCUUUAUGAUCUGAACUGUAUUCAUACAAUGCUGAUUAAACUAUUAACUCUUCACAAA